CUUUGUUAAGUGCCUCACAGUUCCAUAAAGCAGUUUUCCGUAUUGCAAUGCACGCAAGAAAACAAAUUGAAUGGUUAACUGCGUAAUUGGAUCUGAAUGAAAACGUUGUAAAUAAGUGGAUUGAAAACAUAGAGAGAAUACAGGUAUUACAAGUCAGAACAAUCGAAUUUGAUUUAAUGUUUAAAGACAGGAAGGUAGGAUCGGAGGAGGUUACAUGUUAUUACAAUAAGAAUGAAGGCUCUCCGGGUAUUUUAUAUUGUGCUAUAAAUGCUGAUGAACUGAAGGAAUGGGUGGUUGAGAAUAGUGGUGUUUUUAAUGAUGCAAUUUUCCAUUGUUGCGACCGGAAAUUUUUCGACGUUGGAGGCUUACUUGUAAAAAUUUUGCUUAAGAUCGAAAGAUUAGAAGACAUGUCAAUAUUAUUAGAUAAGGAAAAUGUUGAAGAAUUUUCCAUUUCAAUCAGAUGCCAGUCUUCUUUGUUUCCACCCCCUGGUACAACAGUGCACCAAAAUUGGCAUAGGUUUUUAGACAACAGUUUUACAGAGUUUGACAUGGGUGAAUAUGUAGCUGUCCUGUUGAGUGAAGAAAGGUAUGCAGGCGACGUGUACAUCCCAGCAGUCUACAUGUAUGCUAGGGUCUUACUGAAAUGUGACCUUAUUGGAAGUACUUCAUCUAUUAUCAGAAGUACUCUACGAAAGUACAAGGUGCAGGUCGGUCAAGGUCGUAUUCAGGAAAUACAUGCAUUUGAUAUAUUCAAAUUUAAUCGAAAAAAACAGGAAACUACUCAAGAGCUUGUGCCUUUUAUCGAAAUAACCAAUACCUCUACUGACGGCAGACCCUUGGAAAGCAUUUGUCAGGAUGUUGAAGCUAUUAUACUUGCAGCGUGGACUUUACCGGAAGAAGAAAGGCGAAAAUUAAUCAAACGAUUGUACAAAAAAUGGCAUCCAGAUAAAAACCAUGGAAAUGAACUUGCGUCAACAGAAGUAUUCAAAUUUAUCAAGCAAGCUGUUUUGAAUUUAGAAAGAGGACAUGGCAUCAGAGAUAACAAUGCGGAGGAUUUUGAUUAUUCUAGAAAUUCAGCAUUCUGGUCUCACUUUCAGACAUGGGACCACGAUGCAACUAAUAAUUCUGAAAGUGACUCGACUGAAACCAAUGGUGGCGGUAACACUCAAGGACAUACAGCUGGCCGUCAAAUGCGAGAACCUGUGCCAUCAUUAGCUGAAGCAAAUCAGUGGAUGCAACAAGCUAAACGAGAUGUUACAGCAGCUAGUAAUUUCUAUGAAGCAGCGGAAAUAGGACACAAUUUUAACUGGAUAUGUUUUAUUUGUUAUCAGUCUGUUGAGAAGAUAUUGAAAGCUAUGCAUUACAACAUUGAUUCAAACACUAUUCCGAAUUCAAACUGCUUAGAAAAGUUGGUCGCUGGCAUGAAUAUUGAACUUCAGGAUAUGGUAAUUACUUUGACGACAUUACUUGGAAACCACGCUGGCUUGUUAUACCCAGACCGUCACUCUAUUCCAAGGAUACCCGCAGAUGAAUUUGACAAAGCAAAAGCAGGUCAAGCAACUAAACUAGCACACAAGAUUGUAGAAUAUGUUUCUGACAGGCUCUGAAGAUGUAAGGAUGGUGAAAGCUUGUAGGUGGAAUUUAGAAGAAACCGUUUGCAUAUAUGGACUUCACUCAGUACUACAGAACUGAUUUCGGUUUAUGCUGAGUAAAUUGCAUUAUUUUUUAUUGAUUCGUUUUGUAAUAUAUAAUAGAAAACAUAAAUGUUGUUACAUCUGCACCAAUGAGAAUGAGUCAAAUUUGUUAAAAUUAACGUUUAAAAGACGCUAACAUCAUGGAAGAGACACAACUAGAUUAUGCAGUGAUAGGUUAUUUGUGAUUUGAUCAUUGAUAUCUGAAGAAAAUCUUUUUUUAUGUAGUCCAGAUAUCCAUACAAUUCAUUUGUACAUGCACACAUUAAUGUUGGUUGUAUUUUAAACGGUUAGAAAGUUACAAAGGUCAUUGACCUGUGGUGGAGAUUAGUAUUUUGAUAGAAGAAAGACUUACUGAAAUGUUCAUUUGAAUUUCUAUGUUAAUAUAACUAUCUUGUUUAUUUGUAUGCCCCACCUACAAUAGUAGUUUCAUAUAAUUUUUGUACAUUUUAUACAUUCUGAAAGUUUAAAAGUAUUGAAAAGUCGUAAUUUAUUCACUACAAAUGAUUUACCCUAAGAAUAAUUAUAUGCAAAUCAUGUAACUAUUUGAUUAUAAUUGUCUUGGAUUAUUUUUUUCGAAGAUGCACUUCAUGUUUCCUUUUUUAUCAUCAUAUGCUCUGUACACCUAUUAUACUGCGUAUAACAUAAAUAAGGUGUGACAACGCUCCAUCCGAGUAACAAUGUGUUUAAAGUAAUUAAUAAGUAACGGUAAGUUUUGUUUUGAUUAUUUUAUUUACAUGUAAAACUAAUGCUAACUAUAAUAUUUAUUCAAUGAAAUGAUACCCUAGGAAAUUUAAGGGAUGAAUGAGUCAGAAACAUUCUUAUUUUAUAAAAACAAAAUCGUCUUGAACAUGCAUGAAAUAUUUGCCACUGGACGUUAAUCAACCAACAAUCAAUCAUAUUAUGUACAAAAAGUCAUGUACUUUGCCUUUGUCCUUUAGGAGACAUUAGGUUGUCCUUUUGUGUACAUGUACCAUAUAGCUAAACUGGAAUCCGCUUGUAUUACGCUUCAAUCCAAAUAUUUCUAUGAACAAACUUAAGUGUAGUAGUUUGAGAACCAGCUCACCAUAUAGCUACCUCAGGUGAUGGGGGAAACUAUUUUGGAGCCUUUUUUGUGUUUAUUAACAGUAUAAAUUUUAAAACAAAUCGACAUAUAGUUUAGAGAAUUUAUGAAUAUUUAAGAUUUAUUUGCUUUAAUUUUGUGUAAAUGACGGUUGUUAUAGAUACAUUUAAAAAAAAUCAAUAUGAAAAUUCUAAUGCCACAAUGUUACUUCACUUUCUUUAAUAAACACUGUUACAGUUAAUACAGUACGUCUAUCACAUUCAAAAUUUCUUGUCCUAGAAUAUAAACAAAGCAAAUUCAGAAAACUGCUAGUUCUUUCGUCUAUGGUGGAAAAGUACUUCAGUUGUCGUUAUGUUAUAACAUGGUUUAGAAAAACGUAUUUUUUUCUUCAUCCUGGCUGACUUUCUCGAUUGAGGGAUUUCGUAUAGUUACCAUGUUUGCUUUAUUUUUUGGUUUGUUGUAGACUAUAUUCUGUUUUCUUUAAAGUAUAGUAU